AUGGAGUUGUUGGUGGAAGUAAUCCAAAGUCUGGCGUAUGCUACUGCAUGGCGACCGCUUUCACAAUCGGAAGCCAAGGCUGGGGAGAUUGAUCGCAAGACGCAGUCAGAUCCUCAACCCCUGUUUUCCGUGUCUGUGAAGCGUCAAGCAUCGUCUGCGGAGAGUCCAUGGAAAAGCUCGGCAGCUUUUCAUACCAUCUUCGAUCCAGAAGAUAGCAACUACAAGGUGUAUACAACGGUCGUAUGGCCACUAAUCGACAAUAUACUCAAAGGCGAGAACUGCAGCUUCUUCGGAUACGGCCAUUCCGGCAGCGGGAAAACACAUACAAUCUUAGGCUACGACUUUCAAGAUACUCAGCAGCUAGGAUUGUGCCUCGCCGCAGCCAAACAGUUAUUCGAUGCACUGCAAUCCCUCAAUAAAGAGAACAAGGGACAGCAGCUGGGCAUCGGACUUAGCGUGUUCGAACUGCGGAACAAAUCAGCUUUUGAUCUUCUUAAUAACCGUGCUCAAUGCCAUAUCAGGGAAGGUUCUGACGGCAAAGUCCAUGUUCGCGGAGAAACAGAAGUGCUGGAAGGGGGCAAGGUCCGAGUUCGUCCCAUCGUUCAACGACCGUGCUGGGAAUUCGAAUCAUUUAAACGAGUGCUCGUUCAGGCGCUUGGACAGCGUGCGACCGGAUCAUCGAGCGUCCACGACCAAAGUUCCAGGACCCACGCAGUGCUUGAACUGGAAAUUGUGAGUCAGGUAUUGCUAGACUCGCGACAUGCCUUGUAUGACCGGCAGUCUGAACUUGUGCCAGUGGGAAAACUUGCUACAGAUAUUAGGGUUGAGGAGGAAUCGAAAGGCUUCAUGCAAACACCAGAUGGGAAAUGGGCACCCAACCCGGAUUAUAAGAUAAAUCAAGAACGCAUAGACGCGGCCGAGGCGGAGAAAGAUCGUUUUGAGGCUCGAGUUAAAGCUGCUGAAGAGGAUAUUGAAACUGUGCUCAAAUUGAGUGGCUCUCCAUGCCUAGGGGCUAAGAUGGUGUUUGUGGACCUGGCCGGUGCGGAGUAUUACGACCGCAAUGCGACUCAAAUGCAAACCAUAAAGCAGGCUGCUCAAGAGCGUCAAGAAGGCCGACAAAUCAAUUCCGACUUAUUGGCACUGAAGGAAGUGAUGAGAGCUUGGGCUCAGAAUCAAAAGAGAAUACCAUUUCGCUCGUCAACUCUGACUAUGGUACUUCGGGAGCAUUUUAUGAGCACGAGGAAGGGAAACUCUGGUAUUAUUGUGACCCUAUCACCAGCAACGGAACAGUAUGAAGCGACACUCAAUUCCCUCAAAUAUGCAAGUCUAGUUGGUGCAGCUGUUGCUUAAUAUACUACAGAUCAGUGAGGUAUGCAUGGAUAUAGAUAUAACUAAUGG